AUGGGAAUUCAAGGCUUAACAACGCUCAUUAAACAUCACUAUCCAUCAAGGACCUGGAGAACUGUUACACCAAGAGGCAAACUCGUAUUGGAUGGUAAAAAUGUCAGUGAAAUCGUAAUCGACAAAAACUGGCUACAUGGUGGACAGUAUGGGGAACCGAGGGACCACUUCAUAAGAUUCUUCAGAAGACUCAGCGAUAGUGGUAUAGACCCCAUUGUGAUAUUUGAUGGGGUUGAUUAUAAUCGAGAGAAAAGUGACACAAAGCUCCACCGAAAGAAAGAAAAGGUUAAAAAGGUCUUUAAUGCAAUUUUAGAAGAUAGAAUAACAGACUCUGUUGUCCCAAUAUUCACUGACAUCGUAUUCUGUGAGACUCUAAAAGAGCUUGGAGUUGAGUUUAUAUUUGCUGAUGGAGACGCAGACCGAGACACAGCCCGAAUAGCUAACCACUACAAUUGUCCAGUCGUUGCCAAUGAUUCUGAUUAUUUCAUCUUUAAUUUGAAAGCUGGAUAUAUUCCAUUGGAUUGUCUCUACUGGGAUCAACAACCGGUGAAAGCCAAAUUAUACGAACGAGAUCAAUUUGCUUAUAAAUUUUAUUUUGAUCACAACCCAGAUCUUAUUUACCUCAUACCAGCCAUUAUGGGAAAUGACUUCAUGAAGCGAAUGAAGCCAAGAAGUUUAAGUGGCGCGAUUGCUGAUGCUUCUCAGAAAGCGAAAAUAUCUGGAACAGAAAUGAAGCAAGAUGAGAAGCUAGACAUGUUAUACUACAUUUCCACUUUUGACACUGUCAAAGACUUCAUGACUCAUUUAUCUGAAGUCUGCCAAGACAGUGAGAUUUGCAGCAUCAAGAAAAACUAUGAGAAAGCAAAGGAAUUGUAUGACGUAGGAGAAAUCAGUAUGGUCGACCUUAGAGAGAGCAAAAAUCUGAAGACAGCAAAUGGUACUCUGCUUCCUCGUUUUAUAAGGCAAGAGUAUCGCAAAGGAUGCUUUGCUACAUCAGUAAUGGCAGUACUAGUAUUGAACGAGUCUACAAUACCAGUGAUGGUUGAUAGCCCACACGAUUACACAGCAAUGAGGAUAGGAGAGCACAUCAGGAAAUGUAUCUAUAUGAUACUGUCACCAUACUUAUCAAAACCAGAAGUAAUAGAAACCACGUUUACUCAUCAUAUGGAGGAUCCCCACCCUCGUGAGGAAAGGGUCCGAUGGACUGAUGUCAGGCUCAAUUUACCGUAUAUUGAUGACAUGCAGUAUCUCAGCAAAAAUGAAAGAAUUGAAAUACUUUGUAGAGUAUUGGAGACACCUUUUGAAGUCCAGAUGAUCUUUAUAAAAUCAGAAUUAAUAUGGAAGCUAGUUGCAGUGUCGUUGCACUAUUGGUCACAGCAUGCUCAUCCUGAUAUUCAUUUAAUUGAGGCAUUGGUUCUGUGCUUUAUUCAUUGCUCCUUUGAUGAAACAGUAUGUCCCUCGUCAGAUUUACCUGAUUACAAAAGAAAUAAAAUGUGGCUGGAAGCGUUGCACAUUUUUGCACAAUGGAAGAGCACAUAUUAUGAUGCAUUCAGGCUCAACAAUGUCCUAAUGAAUCCGUUACCAUUCAUGUCACCAGCACUUUUGUUUAAUGGUAAACUCAUCAUGCAUUAUGCUUGCACAAGGGAAUUUAUUAUGCACAAAAGAAAAAUCCUGGAGUCUUCAAGUGCCAAAACUCUUUUUGAAAAACUUAUGUCUGUAUGUACCUAA